AUGCGUGUCUCUACCUAUCUCGCUUCUGCUUUUGCUACCAUGGCUCUUGCUGGACUCAUCCCAGCCGACAAACGGGAUGCACUGCUUGAUGGUGCCACCGCCUUUGAAGCCCGCGAGGUAUCGAGCCCCCAAGGAAGCGGUGAAAAUCGCAACGCUCAGGCCUAUGGAAAGCGUGAAGAGGAGAGUACCCAGGGAAGUGGCUCCAACCGUAAUGCUCAGGCUUAUGGGAAGCGCGAAGAAGCUACUCCCCAAGGCAGUGGCUCCAACCGCAAUGCCCAAGCUUAUGGGAAGCGUGAAGAGGAGAGUACCCAGGGAAGUGGUUCAAACCGCAAUGCUCAGGCUUAUGGGAAGCGCGAAGAAUCCAGCCCCCAAGGUAGUGGCUCCAACCGUAAUGCUCAGGCCUAUGGCAAGCGUGAGGAAUAA